AUGGGUCGGCUCGACCGGAGUGAUGCCACGGCCUCACAGAAUACCGGCGUGAAGCAACCACAGCGUUGUGUUUCGCCCUGCGCCGAGCGUGGUAUUCGUAACGCUCUUUUAACGUACGGUAAAGACAUUGGAGAACGCGGAGUUAUUGUACCAUCUCUUGGGAACAUGGCAUUGGGCUCUGCUUAUCACGGUGGAACUCUAGGAAUUCCGGUAACAGUUGUGAUGCCAGAGAAGACGGCUCCGGCUCACGCACAGCGCUGCUCAGAACUGGGAGCUGACGUGGUGCUGUGUGGAGAGAAUCUCGACGACGCUAUCAGUUACGCUAAGAAAGUCCACCAAGAUGGUCACCAGAUAAUACUUGAUGCGGAUGAUCCUCACGUAAUGGCAGGAUUGGGCACAGUGGGCUUGGAGAUCAUCACACAGCUGCCUGAAGCUGAUGCUGUAAUCGUACCAGUGGGGGGCGGCAGUUUAUUGGCCAGCGUACUAGUCGCCUGCAAGAAACUCAAGUGUUCCUGUCUUGUUUACGGAGCAGAAUGUUCGAAAGUGCCAAAGAUGAUGAAGGCGCUGCAAUCAGGGCGACCUGUCUCGGUGCCAGUAGUACCAAACUUAGCGGAUGGACUCAACACCUCCAGUGUUGGGUCUAACGCAUUCGCAACUAUUAAAAACAGACUUGAUAGAAUGUUGGUGGUUGACGAGUUAUAUAUAGCCAGGGCGUUGAUAUCGAUGUUGGAGCGAGAACGUCUCGUAGCGGACGGGGCCGGCGUGUGCGCAGUUGCCGCAGUAAUGCAGGGUCUGGUACCUGAACUAAGAGGAAAACGAGCUGUAUGCAUAGUAAGCGGUGGUAACAUUGACAGUGGCCGACUCGCUCGAACCAUUCAACGCGGUCUCGGCUCCAGCGGCCGACUCAUGAGGUUCGCGGUGCCAAUACCCGACCACCGCCGUGGUUUGGAACAACUCGCCAAGACCAUAAGCGAUGAAAACGCUGUACUUAAGAGCUUGGUCACAGAACAAAUGUGGGUUCACAGCGAUGUGGGAACUACCUGGGCCAAUGUUGUGGUAGAAACAGCAAACGAAGAACACGCGUGCAGUUUCAAGGAUCGUUUACGAGACUUAUAUCCUACUGCUAGGUUCGCAGCCAUGGACAGCGUCGAUAAACAUAAAAUUUCAGUACGAUAA